AUGCGGCCCCUUCUCCUAACAUUUGACGCGUUCAACACACUAUUCCACCCCCGCCAGCCCGUCCCAGUCCAAUACGCCGCCGCGGCCUCAUCAUUCAACGUCCACGUCUCGCCCUCCGCCCUCCAAUCUGCGUUCCGCGUAGCAUUCAAAGCACAAUCUGCUUCGCAUCCAAACUACGGCCGCGACCUCGCUCUACGUGGUGAAUAUGCUGGCCCACCGCAAUGGUGGGGGGACGUGAUACGGGGAAGCUUUGCCCGCGCCCUUUCCGAGUCAGACCAUAACAGAAAUCCAACUGGAAAAACGGAGGCGAAUAAAUAUGAGGUUCCCGAUGCACUUGUUCAGGAUCUACUCGAUCGCUUUGCAAGCGCAAGGGCUUAUAAAUUGUACGAUGAUGUGGGCCCCUUCUUUCGAAAAGUAAGAGCGCAACUAGAAGCGAGUCAAAGGGGGAGAAAGGUCGUUGUCGGCGUUGUUUCAAACUCGGAUGACCGUAUAUCGUCUGUCCUGGAAUCACUGGGUGUUUCGGUGCGUGAUGCGAGGGCGGGCGAGGAGAAGACGAGGCAGGGACAUGACUUACCGGGGUUUGAGGAGGAGAGAGAGAAGGCUACACAGGCGAAAGGAAGUUCCAGUCCCUUGCAAGCCCAGGAAAGGAAGGAUCUCGACUUCAUCCUUACCAGCUACCAGGUCGGUGCGGAGAAGCCAGACCCGCUGGUUUGGGAUGUGGCGCUGCGUACCGCGCAGCAGUUGCAUGCUGAAUCUGAGACUGUUGGUAAUGCAGGGGACUGGGAGCGUAUCCACGUAGGUGACGAUUACGGCAAGGACUACCGUGGUGCAACGAAUGCUGGGUGGAAGGCGUAUUAUCUUCCUCGUGAAGAUGCUGAAGCAGCUACUCAUGUGCCAGAGGGUACAAAGACGAUCAAUUCGUUGUUAGAUCUUCUAUCAGAGUUGGAGAGCAAGUGA